CGCCCCUACUCUACCUAGAAAAUGGACGUCGAGUCGCUUUAGGCAUUGCGACGAGGAUCACUAUAUUUUAUAUAACAGUGCAAGUUUACCCCAGACACGCUUUUAAUAUAACGUUAUAGUAAUAACAAACUUAUGUUGCUGAUUUUUCCAGAACAUUUUUAUUCAUCACUGUCAGUAUAUCUUGCUUUCUAGCUAGCAUUACGGAGUCAAUUGACGUUAGCUUGCCUGCUAACGUAGCUAGCCAGCUAACGUUAUUUAAUUUUUUUCCGCUUUAACUAACGUCAGUGAGCUAGCUAAGUUGACGCAUUGUCAUCACUAUGAUCGUAACAGGUAAGUAGCACUGCUUAAGGCUAGCUACUUCUCUUUCACGUUAGACUAACUAAUAGCUAGUUCAAAGAAUUUGCUAGCUACUGAAGUUGCGUUAUUCUCAGGCGGCGCUAGCUGGUCACCGUAAUAACUACCUAGGUAUGGCAUCCAGGCGAGGAAAUUGUAAUAGCGGCGUGGAUUCUCCGUUGAGUAUCAAUAGCACAGCCAGUGGUCCUAAUCGUAAACAAAGUAUAAUCAACACCCCAAACAGAUCUGGGACUACUCCUUGUUAUGAUCGUAAAGUAGGGAAGGCUGAGUAUGGGCACCAAGCAUGCCAGGGCAACAUGACUGUAUCCUCACUGAAGACGCGUCUAGCCCCGACCAUUCAAACCACGUUAACCGCUGCUGUAGAUACCCUCUUGGGCGAGGUAGUACUUGUACUCAACGAGACCCAACAAGAGCUGGUUAACAAGGAGCAGGAGAACGAAAGACUCAAAGUGGAAUUGAGGACGUUACAGGAAUGCCUUAGCAGCGCCCAAAAGUUAAUCGACCAGUUGCAAAUUCCUUUCCCCGGUGCACAGACCAUGGGUCAGUCGGUUUUCGCCCCGUCUCUCACAUCUAUUGGCUCUAUGACCACAGCUAUGGACAGGGACCGCCAGAGCAAUCGUAAUGUGAACGGUGCGGACGGCCGGUGUGUUUCCGGGGUCGACCUAGAGAUGGGUGGCUCUCUCAGUGAGUCUCUGCAUGGUUAUAACUCCAGGGAUGACUAUAAAAUGUGUCAGCUCUCAAUCCAAUCAGAUGGCUCUGUGACCAACCAUUCUAUGGACUCCUAUGCUGCCAACACACCUAACAUCUGCUCUGACCCCAGCCGGCCAGAUGAGAGGCGGCAGCAGCAGGGGACCCAAGCAGUAGGACCAAGGUUUGAGAUCAAAGAAGAGCAAGGGCCUGGUCCAAGUUCAGGUCCAGGUCCAGGGCAGACCUGCAGUAGAGGGGCAGGGCUGAGGAGCGCCGGGGGUGCUGGUGGUGGUGAGCAGACUGCCCCGAAUGUGGAUGAUCUGGGAUACAUCCAUGUGGUGGAGCAGGAGGGGUCAUCACGCUCCAGCAGCUACUCUCUCCGCCAACCAAAACCCCUGCGGCCACCUGCUGCUACCUUUGGUCCGGCUCAGGGGGGACUGGCAGGACAGAAAAUGGCGUUGAGGUCCCCUGGAGCAGUAGGAAGUGGCAGCAUGUCCCCAGGUAGGGCAGGAGGGACAGCAGGACCAUCCACCUCUCCAGGAGACCCAGACGCAGAUCGCCCCCACCAUUGUCUGGAGUGUGGGAAGACCUUCCGCCUCAUCUCCAGCCUGAAGAAGCACAUCCGCAUCCACACGGGAGAGAAGCCCUACCCAUGUGGGGUGUGUGGCCGACGCUUCCGGGAGUCGGGGGCCCUGAAAACCCACCUUCGCAUUCACACCGGCGAGAAGCCCUACUCCUGCUCUGAUUGCCCUAAAAUCUUCCGCCACCUAGACGGCCUGCGGAAGCACCAGCGCACCCACACUGGUGACAAGCCCUACGUGUGUGCCAUCUGUGGCAAGCGUCUGAGCCGACUGCAGCACCUGAAGCACCACCAGCGCAUCCACACCGGAGAGAAACCCUGCAGCUGCCCCUUCUGCAACCGCACCUUCAAGGAGCCUGCGGCGCUGCGCAAGCAUGUCCGCACUCACCGUGAGGAGUCUGGCAACAUGGAGGCAGGUGUGGGAGACGACCCGGACCCAGAAUCCCUGGACAACAUCAACAGCCUCCACCCUGCUGCCCCCUCCCCUCAGAUGAGGUUUGAUGAGUGGGGAGCCGAAGGGGAUGAUGUGGACUGUGUGUAGGAUGGGCUCAUCCUUCUGUCUACUGCCUACAGCAUUAGAACGCGACCUUGAAAGAGUCUUCCUAUUCCAUUACUGUACUGUGUGAGAAAGCCUCCAUUCCUUUCCUGAGAAACAGGCUAUCUACCUACAUCCUUAGUGUUGUCCAGUGACCAGGGUAGCCUAUUGUUUUCAGAGACACUUAAUUUGCCUGUCUGACCCUCUGCCACAUCUAUCAUUUAGUGCUUUAUAAUCUUAGAAAUGUGAAAGUAUUUUAUACAAAUGAAAUGUACCUAUGUAUCAUGUCCCCCUUUCUCUCGUUGCUAAUUACCUUCCUAUACAACUCCCAACAACCUACCUAAACUGUGUUCGAAUACUCAUACUAAACAUACUAUUUGUGACAUAAAUUGAGUAUGUAUUAUGCUUAUUGUUAUAGGUAUGGCUAUAAUUCGUAUGCCUAAAGUUCACAAAUGUCGUACUACAUUUGCCAAAAUAUGAAGUAUACAAGCUGUGGACACUAUUUCCAUGCUUAUAGGGCCCAUAAUGCAAUUUUUCAGGAAAUGGGUGUGGCUUCACAACAUUUUCACCUUUAUUUAACUAUGCAAUUCAGUUAAGAACAAAUUCUUAUUUACAAUGACGGCCAAGGAACAGUGGGUUAACUGCUUUGUUCAGGGGCAGAACGACAGAUUUUUACCUUGUCAGCUCGGGUAUUCGAUCUUGCAACCUUUCGCAACCGUUACUAGUCCAACGCUCUAACCACUAGGCUUCCUGCUGCCCCAGAUUUGAAAAAAUGGUGGAAGAUAUGCAGCCAAGUACAACGAGAGCGGAUACAAAUUCAUUGCUUUAACUUAUUAUGACAAAUGUUAAGAAAAUGUUGUCCAAUGUAAUAAAGUAAUGACUUUUCAAAUAAGUUACAUUAUAUUGGCUGACAAUUUGUUAGCUACGCUAGCCUUACAAACUGCAUAGCAUUACAGCAGUUGCUUGAAUGUUCCACUAUGUUAGCUACCUACCUUAUGUUAGUUGACUAAUAAUAUAGCGAACUUGCCAGUAUAUUAACAAUAUGUUAUUUAACUAACUACCCAACGUUUAUUGACUUGAUUAUUCACGUCAUUCUUAGCAUAGCUAAGUGGUAGUCGUUGUGCGUUCUCAAUGGACAUUGUUAAUGAAGUCUUAAGAUGUCAAGUUAGCAAUUUGUUAUGCUAGCCAGCAGCAACCUCCGGUAGACAGGAGAAGCGCUAGUAUGCUCAACUGAAAGGAUACCGUUCGUUUACAGUAUACUAAAAUGAACUUAUAGUAUGUGGUGUACAGUAUGUUAGUAUGGGUAUUCGAACACAGCUUUAGUGUAUAACAGCCAUGUGGCUGCUGGAAAUACAAGUCCUUUUCGUAUGUAUUUUGAGACGGAAUGGAGUUAUAUGCAACCGGCAGGGAGCCUAGUGGUUAGAGCGUUGGGCCACCGAAAGGUUGCUGGAUCAAAUCCCUGAGCUGACAAGGUAAAAAGAACAUCUGUUCUGCCUGCUGUUCUCCGGUAGGCCUUCAUUGUAAAUGAGCAUUUGUUCUGACUUGCCUGGUUAAAUAAAAUGUUAAACAUGUCCCAGUUAACUACUAUUAGUGUCAUGGUGACGUUAAACUGAGGUUCAUCAUUGUGACUUUACCAUAAACAACUGCAACUUCAGAGAGCGUGGAAAGCCUUACUAGCACCUACCCCACACAUACUGAUAAACAACUGCAUAUAUCUACCAGCUGGGAAAUCCCUCUUUCAUGCAACGUGAUGGCUGUGUCCUACUCUCUUUGUCAGAAGUUGCUGCUUAUAGUCAUGUCAUAUUGCUGAAUGUUCCUUUAACUGCCACUAUGUAAUGUAAAUAUGUAAUCACUUGCAGUUGUUCCCAAUUCUUUCUGGUAUUGAUUGGCCCAUUCAGAUAGAAAAGGGGAACCAUCUUUAUCUGAAGGGGUGUCUGUCUGAUCAGAGAACACUUCUAGUUUCAGCCUUUUAAAGCUGUCACUCUUUCCCAGUGUAUAUGAUCCUUGUGAACCAGACUUGGUCCAUCUGCCAUUAUGGAAAAUGUACAUUACCAUUGACAAUAUUGAAAAUAUUCUUUAAAAUGCAACGCUGGAGUUACAUCCAGCAUGCGUAGUGGGUUCUCUGGACCCAAGGUAACAGGGUCAUGUACCGCAUUCAGUGGUUAUUUUUGCACGUCAAUAUUGAACAAAUUGUUAUAUUUUUCUUCCUGCUAAGAAUUUGGUAUGAAAUGUUCAAGAACAUGAUUUUGUUACUACUUGUCCUCCUCUGUUUGAAAUGUGUUUUGACCCAUCUGAUGCGUAAUGUUACUUUUGUCUUAAUGUUGCCUAUUAAAGGGCCUUUGUUGAUAUUGCCACCUUUUUAGUCAUUGUAUGUAAUCAAUAAAAGAAUAUGUAUUGAU